AUGGAAAAAAAUGUAAUGGGAAAUCAUAUAUUAACAAGCAUAUCCAAUCCGUGUCUUUCAACUACUAAUGAUGGUCCAACGCAAAUCCUUCCUUUCUUAUAUCUCGGUUCACAACAGGAUGCUAUGGAUUCCAGAUUGUUAUCAAAAUAUGGCAUCAAAUAUGUAAUAAAUCUUAGUGUAAAUUGCCCCGAACCGGAUACAUUGAAACAGGAAGGUCAUUUUAUGCGCAUACCAGUAAACGAUACCUAUCAGGCGAAACUUCUACCCCAUUUCGAAGAUGCUUUUAAAUUUCUCGAUAAGGUGUGUGAACGUGGUUCGGUAGCUUUAGUGCAUUGUCUUGCUGGCAUUUCUCGAAGUCCAACAUUGGCUAUCGCUUAUAUGAUGAGGCGAAAUAACUGGACAUCCGAACAAGCGUAUAGAUAUGUGAAGGAGCGCAGGCCAUCCAUUUCGCCCAACUUCAAUUUUAUGGGCCAGUUACUGGAAUAUGAAGCGCGAUUACGAGAGAAGAAUGAUUUGAGUUUAUCGUCUAAAUUCAGUCAGCAUGAAGAAGUAUGUCGAAAUGACGGCAGUACUGCAAUUUCGACAUCUUUCUUCACCUUAUCCUCUAUUUCGAAUUCCGACUCCCCUAAUGACGUACGUGCAGUAGAAGGAUGUAAUAACACCGAGAUUAUUGCCAAAGUGGGAAAAUCGAUCAGCUGUGAUACAUUAACUCACAGGGUAUCAUCACAAAAUUUUUGGGAUAGUGAUUGCAGUCAAUCAUCCUCAAAAAUUAACGAGAAUGGUAAGCGGGUAAUGGAGCCAACAUGCCCUCAUUUACUGGAUCGACCGAGAGUUCUGGAUGGACUAAAAUCUAGGAAAGCUUUAAGCAUUCCUGAAAAAGUAAAUGAAGAUUUGCCAUCGCCAUCAACGGAGUUGCAGAAAUUAUCAUUUACACAUUCAUCGGAUACAUCAAAUUCAGCAUCAAAUCCACUCUUUUACAGCAAUAGCCUUGUGCAUGGUUCGACUUCAGUAUUCAUAGAUUCAGCAAUGCCAACAACGUCUCAGAUAGACCACUAUUCAGCCGAAAACUUGAUAUUCAACUCAUGCGAUCAUUUAUCGGCUCCGCUUACAUCAUCCUUCACUACUUGUAAUCAGAGCAAAAGUCAUCGAAUGACAAUGGGCCAUAAGUUUUUGACACGUAUUAGCCAUUAUCUUCGAAGAGGAACCUGUCAGGUGAAACAUAGCAGAGCUAUUACUAUUGAUAAUGUUGCUAGAGCUAACAUUGUUGGUCGCAAAUCGGUGGUUACAUCAGUUCCAUCUGUAAUUCCCUCUUGCUCUUCAUCAUCAACUAGUAGCGAGAGUGACAGAUCUUCACCGAAUGCUCCAGUAGAUGUAGUGCGAUCUGAUAACAUUAGUUCUUUGGAUAAGGCACACAAACGUGCUCAUGUUUCCACGGCAUCCCGUGCACUUCAAGCAUUACGUAGACGACGACUUAUGGAUCACCAGCAACACAAUCAUUCCCAUUUUAUUGCUACCAGAAGUGCUGCAGAAUGUAGUAGUAGUGGCAAUAGUAAUGCUAAUGCUACAGAAUCAGUUCUUGAAUCAUCACGAAAAUUUCGUGAAGCUGAUCGUGAUUCUAUCAGUUCUACGAGUUCUUUAGAAAUUUUGGUUCAAUAG